UCUAUGGACUGUGCUUGUACUUACAACUCAUAGACGAUUCGCGAAUGAGUGUUAAUAUAACACAUUUUUUCUUGUCGUACUCAAAAAGUCAAAAAUAACCACUACCGUUCUAUAACGCUCACAAUAUGUCUUUGAAUCAAUUGAAUCCAGCUUACGAGGCUAUCGGAAAAGGGUUCGUACAACAAUAUUACGUAUUAUUUGACGACCCGUCCCAGAGGCCUUCGUUAGCCGCAAUGUAUAACCCGGAAACGUCUUUUAUGACUUUUGAAGGUGUUCAACUACAGGGUACAGUUAAAAUAAUGGAAAAAUUAAAUAGUUUAACUUUCCAAAAAAUCAAUAGAGUUGUUACUUCAGUGGACUCACAGCCAAUGUUUGAUGGUGGUAUAUUAAUCAAUGUCUUAGGUCGUUUACAAUGUGAUGAAGAUCCACCUCAUCCAUUCAAUCAAGUGUUUGUAUUAAAAUCAGUAGGUACUACUUUCUAUUGUGCCCAUGACAUCUUUCGUUUAGGAAUUCACGAUACUAUGUAAAACAUUGUAUUAUUAUAUUGUGUUUAAUGUCACUUAUAUGUUGUCAAUAAAUCAGUUUUGGUAACUAAUGAAAAAAAAACAACUGUAUCCUCAAUUUAAUUAAUUUUAUCUCGUAAAAAGUUUGAUUUGCUGAAAUAAAUUUUACUUGAAAGUUUUUUUUUUUGGUAUCAUGUUAACUAAUUAUAAUUAAUGUAGAUUACUACUGAUCAGAUUAUGUUUUUGGUUUUAUUAAUUGUCUGUCUCUACUUACACAAAUACAUAGAAUUAAAAUUGUUUAGAGUUAUUUAUUU